AGUUUAAUAGAUUCAAAAUAGACAGAAAUCUUCAUCUGACCUUGAAGUGGACGUCCAGGUGAUCAUCUCCACGUCUGUGGAUUUGUUCACUGGACAAAAGUAAUUAGAAACUUCUGCAAUAAAUUUAAGUAUGAUAAAUAAAAUAAUGAGGGUUUGAUAAAAAAACAUUUACGUUCUUGUUCUUGAAAUAUAUUAAUUUUCUACGAAAACGAGAAACUUAGAAAACAGUUGGAACCGGUUUUCCUUCCAUUUCUCCUCAACCUUCCCUCGCCCCUGUUGUCCUCUGGACUAUGCUCAUCACCUAGCAAAAGUGCUGAACGUACGAGAGUCGAUUGGAGCUCACUGAACACUCGAUUUUGCUCCUAAUCAUGACAGGUAAGGGUGACAAAACGAAAAGGGGACCUGGUACCAUUGGAAAAACUUAUCUCAUUGGGUACAAUGCAGCACUUGUUGUGGGUUGGAGUUAUGUAUUGUGCUUACUAAUGAGAUUCUACUUCACUGACGACUUCAAAGGUCAAAGUUUGUGGGACGUUGAAUACAACUCACUCAUGUUAUUCCAAAAUGCUGCAGUUUUGGAGAUUUUUCAUGCAGCUGUUGGUUUAGUCCGUUCAAACGUCGUGAUCACGACGUUUCAAGUAUUAAGCCGAGUCAUGGUGGUGUGUGGUGUACUGCUGGCAACACCAGCGAGUGCCGCUGCUGCUUCCGCUGGUUUACCAAUAGCACUUUUUGCUUGGUCAGUCACCGAAAUUAUUCGAUACGGAUAUUACUUUGCGAAUCUCGUCGGCUUUGUUCCACAUUUGCUUGUGUGGCUCAGGUACACGACGUUCAUUGCUCUCUACCCCAUCGGAGUCACUGGAGAGUUGCUAUGCUUCUACGCAGCUCGAUCUUAUGCAGCGAAUCAUCCAGAUCUGUGGAGUUAUGCCCUACCAAAUGCCUGGAACUUUACGUUCAGCUAUCACUACCUUCUAAUUUUUGUAAUGCUUCUCUACAUUCCACUGUUCCCACAGAUGUACCUCCACAUGUUCGCCCAGAGGAAGAAGAUCCUGGGCUCUCCCUCCCCCCAGAAGACGAAAAAAAUUCAGUAAAAAGCCCAUCGCAACCGAUGAAGGAAAGAAUAAAAAGACAUAAUUUUGGACUAAAA